AUGUCAAGUUAUUUUUUUGAGUAAGACAUCAAAGAUUUUACUUCUCCAAGGUUUAUUUUAGAUGGAGCGACUCCAUAAGUAGAUCCAAAAGUUGGAUCAAAUUCUGACGUUUUAAUUCAAUCAGAAAUCAGCAACAUGGAAAGCAUGAGAUCACUAAAACACGAGACUAUAAUGAAUAAAAACAAAUUAAUGAAAAAGAAUUCAUAAAUUUUAUCAAUUAAGUUUGAUGUAUUUUCAUUUAUAAUUUUAGUAAUCAGCUAAUAAGAAAUUUUAAAACACUCGUAGUCAAUUUAAAAAUGAAAAUAAUGAAAAUGAUGGUGGAUAAUUAAAGUAAGUUUUAGGCAAAUAGAUGCUCUUAAAAUUCAAAGAUAGGUUGUUAUCAAAUGCUCAUCUUUUAACAAAAUAAAUGAUGGAGGAAAAAAAACAUUUACUUAAUUAUUUAUUUUUAGAUGAUUCAUUAUUAGAAGGAAAACGAACUAAGAAAAAUCAAACUUUGAGUAAAUUAGAAUAAUUGUUUAUCUUUCCAGUUUUUUUACCUUAAGAUAGAUUUGUUAAAAUUUGGAGUUUAUUUAGUAUUUUAUGUAGCUUUUUUAUAUUAUGGUUAUCUCCUUUUAUUGCUUCAUUUUAAUUGGAAAAAAACUAAGAAAUAUAGAGAAUUAUUGAAAUAGUUUUUAUUUAUUUAUUUAUUGAUGGUCUAAUAGCGAAUAAUAAAGCUAUUUUAGUGCAGGGAGAAGUAAAAAAUUGAAAUUAAAUUAAUUAGCUAAUUGUAAGUAGAAAACAGAUAAUCAAAAAUUAUCUUAGAUUUUAAAUGAUUAAUGAUCUAGUAAAUUUGAUAAUUUGGUUAAUCAUGUAUUAAGGAGUAGAUCAUUUUUAGAUUACAUAAUUAUUGUCAAUGAUUUAGAUAAUAAUAACAAUAUUUACAGUCUAUACAAAAAUUAACAAUUUUGUUGAUUGUCUUUAUUUAAGUGGUCGUUUAAGUGAAAUAUUAGAUUUGAUUUUUUUAAUCAUUUCUUUAUAUUAUUUUAUUCAUAUUAUUGGAUGUUUUUGGCAUUAUUUAGCUCUUGUUAGUCAAGAUUUUAGUUUACAAUCAUGGUUAAGUAAAUAUUCUUUAGAAAAUGAAUCACAUUGGAUAAAAUAUGAUUAUGCAAUAUAUUGGGCAACUAUGACAAUGGUAACAGUAGGAUAUGGAGAUAUAACAGCAGCUAAUCCAAUCGAAAUUGUAUUUUCUAAUUUUACAAUGUUUGUCAGUAGUUUUGUAUUUGCAUAUUCUGUAAAUUCUAUUGGAAUGAUAAUUAAGAAUUUUUAUGAUCAUAAAAAUUAAUAUAAGUAAAUAUUAUAUUUUUAUUAUUUAAUAGAAGAUAGUUGAUUCUUAUUAAUACAUUUAUGAAGAAUAAUUUAGUUGAUGAUUCUAUAUAAAAUAGAGUCAGAAAUUAUUUAAAAAAUUAGGUAGACUAAGAAAGUAAAAGUAACUAAGUUGAAGUAAGAAAUUAUUUUAAAUUAUAUAUAGGCUUAAUAAAUCUUAGAAAAUUUACCAACAGGUUUAAAAAAUGAGGUUAAUUUCAACAUUAAAGCAAGAAUAAUAAAAAAUAUGAAAAUCUUAUAUAAUAAUUUCUCUAAAACAACAUUAAAUUAAAUUACAUCAUAAAUUGAAUAGAUUAAUUAUAUUCCAAAUGAUGUAAUUUAUAAUCCAGAAGAGAGACAUAAAGAUUAUCAUAUGUAAAAUAAUUAUUGAUCAAUUAGUUUUUAUGUAGACUCAGGAUAAGUCAGAUUAGUAGAAAUAAGAACUAAGAAAAUUGUUUAAACUUUUAAUGAAGGAUAGAGUUUUGGAGAAUAUUAAUUUAUAAGUGGAUUCGAUUCUAAAUUUAUGAUUAUAAGUUCUCAAUUUACAUAAUUAUACAAAAUUUCUAGAUUAGAUUUUGUAAGAGUACUUCAAAAUAAUUAACGAGAUAAAGAAUUAUUUCAAUAAAUAAAAGAUCAAUUAAUUUAUUUAUCUGAUUAUAGUUUAAUUGGUAAGAAAUGUAAUUUAUGCAAUAAUUGUGAUCAUAUGAAUAGUGAUUGUUUUUUAAUAUCUUAUAAACCUAAUUUAGAAACUUUAAUAAAAAGAGAAGGAUUUACUUUAUAAUAAAGAGAUCUUAUAAAAAGAAAUGAUAGAUAGAAAUUAAAAGUUUUAAGUUCAAUUAAUGUAUUUAUAUAAUUAAUAGAUAGGGUAUUAUGAGUACUGUUGUUCAAUUUUAAUAAUAAGAAUUAAUAUCUAACUAAAAUGAAACUUAAACUAUAAUAAGUGGUACUAAAAAAUAUAAAGAUUAAACUACAAGAAGAUAAAGUGAUUAUAAAACAGAAACUCCUGAAGUAUCAUCAUUAAGUGAAUAAUCACCUGAUAUAAAAUAAGAUAGAAUUUAAGAUUCAAAUAUUGUUGUACCAUAAUCAAAAUUAAAUCCAAGAAGACAAUCUAAAAAUUUAACAGGGAAAUUCGCUAUUACUUAAUAAUCUAAUAAAUUAAUAGAAAAUAAAGAUAAGAGAAAAAUGUCUAUUGCAUUUUAAAGAGAAUCAAGUAACAUCCAUCCAGAUGGGGCUAGUGUCUAGUUAAUUUAGCAAAAAUCUUCAAAAUAAGGAUUAUCGUCUAAUACUAUUAUUGAAAUUGAGGAUCAUAAUAGACAUUCAAAUAAAUCUUUUAAUUUAGAUAUUGAUAAAAUAUUUUAAUUUUAAAAUUAUAUGCCAUAAAGUAAUGCUUUAAGUGUAAUUUUAAAUUUAAAUAAAUAAAAAUCUAAGAUUUCUUCAAUCUAUACAAGUAAUUUAAAAAAAGCAUUUAAAUUUACUUUUUAUUAUAAAGUAGCUAAAUUAGCUUGUGGAAUGAGAUUAUUUAUUGCUUCAACCUCUAGAAGAAUGUUAAAGCCACCAUAAGGUAUUAAGAAAAACUAAUUUUAAUAAUGA